UGUUUUCAUUUUUCGGUGCAUUGAAUCGGGAAUUUAUGCGUCCUUAUUGUAGUUAUAUCAGAAAUGAUGUAACACGUGGGUAGCAAAGAUCCCGUCUCUCACUUCUUCGACCAAACGUUCGAUGGUGCUCGCAAUCUCACCGCUCAAGCCGGGGAUGCGGAUAACGUUCGUUUGGGUUGCAUCGAUUAUUUGGACUCCUUUGAUCCCACAACUUGAUGGGUUAUUUGGAGGGAGGUGUCUCCAUUUUAUCUUAUCACACUUAUCCACCGGUCCUAGUCACUGCGACCGACCGCGGCUUGAUGCUUCGAUUCUUCACAAUCCUUUCGCGGAUGAAGAGAUGUGCCAUUCGUCAUCAAUCGUCAAUGGGAGCUAAUGCUCCCUGGUCAGGGCCGUGGAGUCCAAAAGGAAUGCCACCUUCCUUCCCAGAUAUCUUCCGUGAUUUACACCUAGCUUAGAGACGUGUCAGAUUCAGCG